CCUGUUCUUAUCGUUGGAGGACCGUGAUAGUGCGGUCGUCAAAUCGUAGGUCAAUUUCCGCGUCGAUCUUUAUUCCGUGUCCGUGAAUUUUGCAUUGUCUUCCGCCGCCCGUCAGCUCAUCGCUCUUCGAGAUUCCUGAUCGAAAUCUAUCCCGUAUUUUCGUGCUUGCUUCGAAGAAUCAAACCGCGGUCGGUGCAGAUGGUCCUGUGUGGCAAAAGGCAUCUCCUGAGACCCAACUAUUUUAAUGCGCAGAAGAUUAAAUAUGCCAGUGGAGGCAGGCCCUACAGCACUCUGCGUCAUUUCGAGGCCGAGGCGGGGUUGUGAGAGCGCUGUGAGUCUCCGCCACCGAUACGCACUCUCCGACAUUUGUGACCGGAGUCAAGAGGACGGUGGUCGUCUACUCCUCGUGCUUUGGCGUCUUCUCCUAUCUAACAACAAGAAGGGAAAGAUCUCUCUUUGGAGGAAAUCCGCACGUUCCGUUAGACGGUUUCGGUAGAUCUUCGUCUCUGCACAGCGUUCAAUCUUGGAUCCUGGGAGUUGCUUCUUCUUCUUGUGAAAAUGGUGCGAUGGCGGCUGGCGGCGACGGCACUGUUAGCUAUUUUCCUCACGGUGCUGAAAGGCGGCGCCUUUGUCGUGGCGGAAGAGGAGCAGACGUGCUCCGGGAUAGUGCCUAUGAAGAACCGGGGGGAGGUGGUGUCGAUCACUGACUUCGGAGGGGUCGGGGACGGGCAGACGCUCAACACGGCGGCCUUCAAGAGCGCCGUCUUCCACAUUGAGCAACGGAAAGUGCCGGAGGGAUCCCUUCUCUACAUCCCUGCUGGAGUCUGGCUCACCGAAGCCUUCAACCUGACCAGCCACAUGACGCUCUUCCUCGCUGAGGGCGCCGUCAUCAAGGCCACCCAGGACACAGUGAAUUGGCCACUGAUUCAUCCUUUACCAUCUUAUGGAAGAGGACGAGAGUUACCAGGUGGCAGGUAUAUGAGUUUGAUUCAUGGCAAUGGACUUCAGGAUGUUACCAUAACAGGUGAGAAUGGAACAAUUGAUGGGCAAGGUGAUGUGUGGUGGAAUAUGUGGAGACAGAAAACUCUACCUUUUACUAGGCCGAAUCUGCUGGAACUCAUGCACUCUACAGAUAUCAUCAUCUCUAAUGUGGUCUUCCGGGACUCACCUUUCUGGAACAUUCACCCUGUCUAUUGCAGCAAUGUGGUGGUGAAAAAUGUGACUAUCCUGGCUCCAUAUGAUUCUCCUAAUACUGACGGAGUGGAUCCAGAUUCAAGCUUGAAUGUUUGUAUCGAGGACUGUUACAUUUCAACAGGGGAUGAUUUGGUGGCUGUGAAGAGUGGUUGGGAUGAGUAUGGCAUUGCUUAUGCUCGUCCUAGCUCUGGAAUAAUCGUCCGGCGAUUAACAGGUUCCAGCCCCUUUGCUGGCUUCGCUGUAGGGAGUGAAACUUCCGGUGGAAUAGAGAACAUCUUGGCUGAGAACUUAAAUAUAUUCAAGACCGGUGUUGGGAUCCACAUAAAGACCAAUUCUGGCAGGGGAGGAUUCAUAAAAAACAUAACUAUCUCAGAUGUUAAUCUGAGCGAUGUUCGCAAGGGACUGAGGAUCGCGGGGAAUGUAGGAGACCACCCCGAUGACAGAUACGACCCGAAUGCUCUUCCUGUUGUCGAUGGGUUGACAAUAAAAAAUGUGUGGGGCGUGCGCAUCCAGCAGCCUGGUUCAAUACAGGGUAUCAAGAACUCUCCCUUCACUCAAAUUCAUCUUUCGAAUGUAAAGCUCGAUGUGGCUUCGCCACGGGGAGUAUCAUGGGCAUGUGCCGAUGUGAGUGGCGGUGCUCUCGACGUUCAGCCAUCGCCUUGCGCAGAGCUGACCAUCACAAACGGCAUGAGCUUUCGUACUGGUGCUCUCUGAUGUUCAUUUGUUUAGGGAGGAUACAUUUCCUUUACCUAUUCAGCAAACGUGAGUAAAAGAUUGUAGUAGCUUCAAUGUUCAAUGACAUUCAUGUUUUCAGUGUUUCUUUAA